AUGGCUGAAUCAUCAAAGAUAGCGACAGAAGUCACUCUUUUUCUAUGUCCAAUCACACAUCAACUUUUCAAUGAUCCUGUUUUGGCUGAAGAUGGGCACACAUAUGAAAGGGAAGCAAUAGUUCAAUGGAUACAAACUCAUGGAACUAGUCCACUUACACGACAGUCACUCAAUGUUAAUCAGCUACGCCCCAAUUAUACAAUCAAGAAGAUAGUCGAUGAGUUUCGAUCGAAGAAUUUCUAUUUUAAAUUAGAUGUACAUAUAAAAAAGAAAUCCCGUCGAGCACUAUUUCAAGCACAUGGAAAAACUGUAUGGGAAGCAGAAUGGAUUGGAAAAGAUGGACCACCGAUAUGUUUAAUGAAAAUAAAUGGUGUUAAAGCAUUAAAAGAAGCAUCAUUUUACGAAACGAUGACUCGACAUCCAUAUAUUGUAAAGACAUACGGAAUCGUCGACGAGUCUGCGGACGUAAUAUCACAUUCAAUUAUGCUAUUACAAGAGUAUGCACCUGAGGGCAAUUUAUUUGAAUUAUUACAAGAGCAGUCAUCUAUACCUAAUCCGCAUAUCUUAUGUGAAAUGUUUGUUCAAAUAUCUGAUGCUAUGGUAUUUUUGGCACACAAUAAGAUUGUACAUGGUGACUUGGCAUGCCGAAACGUAUUAGUAUUUCGAUACGAUGCAAACGAACCGAAAAACAAUCUUGUCAAAUUAACAGAUUUUGGUCUUAGUCAAGGAAGUUCAAUGUAUGCUCCAGUGGGAUCAGCAUCAAAAACAACAUUGACCAUAGUUCCAAUACGCUAUGCUGCUCCUGAAGUUCUUAGUAAUAGUAAUGAUAGAAAUUCAUAUACAGAAAAAUCUGAUAUGUUUUCAAUGGGUGUAUUGAUGUGGGAAGGAUAUACCAAAGGUGAAAUGCCAUGGUCAAAUAUUGAAACUGACAGCGAAGUUUCUCGAAGAGUUAUAAACGGUGAACGUUUAAAACAGCCAUCGAAAUGUAAUGAUAGAAUGUGGUCAGUGAUAUUAAAAUGUAUGGCACAACAACCAAAUGAUCGGCCAUCAUUUGAAGAAUUAAAACGUCAAUUAUUAGGAUUUGUGUUAAAUUCUGUAAACACACCAGGUAAAAUGAAAACGAUUUAG